CGUAGGAUGCGUGUCUAUGUAGGUUACGGUAACACUGCACGCGUGUAGGAGAAAAGGAGCCACUGAGGUUAUGUUGUUAUUUUUCUCUGGGAGUUUCUACUAGAAGUAGUUAAAUAAUAAUCUUUCUAGUGUGUUGUUGCAUUUCUUUUAUUGCGUGGUAUUGUUUAUAUAACCCCAAAAACCAUGCCUGCAGGCGUAUCUUGGCCACGGUACCUGAAGAUGCUGAGUGCAAGUAUAUUAUCCAUGUUUGCAGGAGCUGAAGUUGUACACAGAUACUACAGACCAGAUCUUAGUAUACCUGAAAUUCCUCCAAAGCCUGGUGAGUUGAAAACAGAACUUCUAGGCUUAAAAGAAAAACGACAGGAAUUCAGCAAUGAACAGUAAAGUAACUGUAGUCCAAGGAUCCUUUGACAAAAGUACAGCCACCAUUUUAGGACUCCUUGUUCAGAUUAAUGAAGGAUUUACUACUACACUGUCCUGUAUUGUGAAAUGCAAUGGAAAAAUACCAACAAAACUUGGUUAUAUUCACUGAAAAUACAGGGAGCCUGGCACCUAAAACUAGAUGCAGCUGUAUGACUCUCACUUUUGGAGCAUUAUCUGAAAACUCUGCCUAAAGAGAACUGGCUAUAUCAGCUUUGAUGUUUGCUUUUCCAUAAUUAUGUAUGUGUUACUGUAGAAACAUUUUAUGCAUAAAUACUGAAUUUUGAAUACUUUUCCAGUUGCCCUUUUUACAUUAAAAAUAUAGGCUAUUCAAACAGGCAUUGUUUAAGUAGCCCGAAAAUACUGUUUA